AUGGCGUCCACCUCGUACACCCCAACCACCCUCACCCCCGCAGAAGCCGCCACCGCCCUCCACCGCUUCCACGCAGCGACCGGCAUCCCCCCCACCAUCCUCACAGACCUCCUGCGCGAGUCCAAAGGCGGCAACCCGAACUGGGACAACUUCAUCACCCACUGGGCCGCCUACCCUUUCACGCGCGGCACCGUCGGCCUGCCCUUCGCCUGCCCCGAGGACGCCCCCAACCUCGUCAAGCUCUACCUCGCCGUCGCCUGGAUCCUGUUCCGCGAGGAGAUCGGCAUCAACCAGGGCCUCCAGAGCCGCGCACGUGCGGCGAAGGAGCGGGUGCAGGACGACUGCUACUUGCGGUACCAGAACGUCGUGGGCGGGAAGGAGAGGGUCACGUGGCUGCAGGCCCCCGCGGCGGAGCCGAAGCGCACGACACCGAAGAAGCGGACGACGAGGGCGGCGAGGGGGGCCGAGGUGGAGGAGGAGGAGGAGGAGGAGGAGGAGGAGGUGGAGCAUGAGUGGAACAAGGCGGUAGGAGUGGAGAUCUCGAGGCUGAGGGCCGCGUUGGAGGUGCCGGCGGAUGUGGUGUGCCGUUGGGAGCAGAAGAAGCUGGAGGUCAGACUGGCGGGCAUUUGCCAGUCCUUGGUGGAUCUGAGGGACCGCAAUGCCGAGUUUCGAGAGAUUGAGCAGAACGGGUGGGUUGGCAUCAAGGAGGCCAACUUGGGUACUAGUGGCUUCGCGGAGGGCGAGGAGGCGGUCGAAGAGGAGACAGAGGGAGGAGACGAGGAGGGUGGCCACGGAGAGGGCCAGGGUGGCGAAGGAGAGGCUUGA